UGCUUUGAAAUAAAAAUAUAUAUCGGUACGGAUGCAUCAUGACUUUGGCAAGCACAGUAGAGACGAAGACAAUGAAGGUUCAACUGUUAGUAUUGUGUAUGAUGUCCCUGAUUGUGGUGACCAAGCAGUUAGGCAUCAGCUUCACCUGUGACAGGAACACAUACACGGAUGGCUGCAGCGUACCGAAGGGUAUAAAGAUAGAGUUCAAAGGGAGGUUCAAACCAGCUUGUAAUAAACACGACAUAUGCUACAGUUGUAUGAAGACAUUUGGACUUUCAAGACUUCAAUGCGACCAACGAUUUAAGAAAAACAUGAAAGGAAUAUGUAACACCCUUGGUGGAAAGAAUUUUUUGGAUAAAUUCCUAAAACGUGAAUCGUGUAAAACCCACGCUGAUAUAUAUUACGUGGCAGUAAGAGUGGGUGGUGCCUCAGCCACUAAAAACCGGGGAAGGUCAAGAUGGUGUCGACAAAAGUGGGUCAAACCAUGCAUGCAAUAGGUUGGAGAAAUUCAACCCGCUUAUUUUUAAGUGUCUGAAUAUUUUAUCAAAUAAAGUUUAGGACAAAAAGAA